AAGAGUUUCAAACGAGGAGAAAAAGCUGUACUACCUCCGUCCCUCCCGCUUCGGAGUCAAGUCCGACACCGGAAUAUUCCCGGCGUGUAAACGUCGGGUCGGGGCGCGUCGCAAAAAAGCCAGGUAUAGUUAGGGGUGAAACCGGCUCUGACCUGUUUCCAGGCAGUCAGAGUGAUGGGACGACACAUCUGAGACCAGACUGAGGGUUCGUCAGACCAGCAUAGGCUGGUUCACGACGCUGUGACGCAGGAGAGGGGAGGUUUCUACUCUUUCUGGCUUCCCCUGCCAGAGACACCGGCACUGAAAAAGAAAGGAACCUCCUUCUGUUCCCGUCAGAGGAUCGAUUUUCUGCAGCAGCAUCAGACCCCGAGCCCUCUCUGCCCUCUACUCCAUGCUUCUAAAAUUAGACCAGAGAGACACGGGGACUGACCAGAUGUUAUUGCACUUCACGUUUGAGAAAUCGCACUGCAUUCCUCAGACAUUCUUUCACUCUUUCCCACAUUCAGAGGAAAACUGGAACUCAAGAAAGACUAAUAACUUAUGCAAAAAUGAAAGGACUUGUUGCUUUUUUUUCAGCUCUACUCAAAGGGAAAAAGGGUGCAUUCAGUGACCUCUUGCACAAAGUUGCUCACAGCAAGUUCUUCUGCCAGCACCCAGAAACUCAGAAACAUCUACGGCGAAAAAGCAAGUCAAAGAGAAAAAAGGCAGAGAAGGCAACCCUGAGCUCAGUGAACACGGACUCUCCACUGACAACACCUUCAGAUUUUGAAUUCCUUACAGUUAUCGGCAGUGGAACAUUUGGAAAGGUUCUCCUGGCAAGACACAGGAAACAAGGUGGAUACUAUGCAGUAAAAGUUCUGCAGAAGCAGAUGAUCAUCAAGAGGAAAGAGCAGAAACAUGUGAUGGUUGAGAGGAGCGUGCUGCUGAAGGGACUUCAAAAUCCAUUCCUGGUGGGACUACAUUUUUCUUUCCAGACACCAAACGCACUGUAUUUUGUCCUGGACUAUGUAAAUGGAGGAGAGCUUUUCUAUCACCUCCAAAGGGAAGGCUCAUUCCCAGAACCCCGAGCUGCUUUUUACACUGCAGAGAUGGCUGCUGCACUGGGUUACCUCCACUCUCUUCAGAUUGUUUACAGAGACCUCAAACCAGAAAACAUCUUGCUUGACAGUGAGGGUCAUGUGAUGCUGACAGACUUUGGUCUUUGUAAAGAGGGUGUGGCCGUCGGUGAGAUCAUGAACAAUACCUUCUGCGGCACGCCGCAAUAUCUGGCUCCAGAGGUGCUACAAGGCCAACCGUACACCCCUGCAGUGGACUGGUGGGGCCUUGGAGUUGUGCUUUUUGAGAUGCUCAGUGGAAUGCCUCCUUUUUACAGCCAAAGAAAAGUGGAGAUGUUUGAGAACAUACUUCACGCUCCUCUGCAGCUGCCUAAUGGAGCUUCUAGAGCUGCUCAGUCACUGUUGGCCGGUUUGUUGGACAGAGAGGUUUCCAGCCGUCUUGGAGAGAAGCGUGAUUUUGAGGAAAUCCAGGAACAUCACUUCUUUGCUUCCAUUAACUGGGAUGACCUUCUGGCCAGAAAAGUUAGACCUCCAUUCGUCCCAAACGUGACCGGUCCGGGUGAUGUCAGCUACAUUGAUCCUGAGUUCACACUACAACCUGUUCCUGCCUCUGUGAAUGACAGGUGUCAGGCAGCUUGUGCCAGCGACGCCUUCCCUGGAUUCUCCUUUAUCAACUCAGAGGAAUGUGUGGCAACAAACUCUCUUUUAUAGCAGCCUCAAAACAUCUGCAUGUUUGUUGACAUGUUUUUUUUUCAUAUUGUUUGCUGAUAUAUUUAUAUUUUUCUAGUUUGACUUUUUUUUACAUGGAUUUGUAUUGCAUGUUUAUUGAUGACUUUGUUCAUGUUUGUGGGUAAUCUAGCCCAUAUUUUAACAAAUUAAUGUAAUUGGAGCAUCAUCCAUGAAAACAAAAUGUUAUUUUUUAUUAAUAAUAAUUUAUUAUUUUUUUUACAUUUUACAUUUAUAUUUAAAAAACAUACAGUGUAAAGAAAAAUAUUCAUCUAUACAUUCACAUCUUACUAAACGCUGAAAGACCUUAAUACUGCAUAGUGACAGAAGAAGUGCAUUGCAAGCAAACACACCACAAGAUGCCAUUCUACUGGAAACCAUUAAACACAAACUGCAGCCGUCCUUGA